AUGGACACCCACAUCGCGGACGACAAGCUCAAAGAGCUGCACGUCGAAGACCUCACGGUCCGCGCAAAUGACAGGAAAGCAGAGGCAUUCGAGAUUGAUCCCGUCGCCGAGAAGAAGUUGCUCCGGAAGCUCGAUUACAGGGUGGUGCCCGUGUUGUGGUUCUUAUAUUUGCUGUCAUUCCUUGACAGGACGAACAUAGGCAACGCCUCGAUCCAAGGCAUGACCGCCGACCUCGACAUGGAGGAGGGCAACUCCUACAACAUCGCUCUCUUCAUCUUCUUUGUACCGUACAUCCUCUUCGAGUUGCCUUCGAACCUCCUGCUCAAGAAGAUGGCUCCGUCCACUUGGUUGUCGGGUAUAAUGUUCUGCUGGGGCAUCGUCACGAUCGGUCAAGGCCUGGUCAAGUCCAAGGAGGGCUUGAUCGCUUGUAGAUUCUUGCUUGGGCUAUUUGAGAGCGGGUUCUUCCCUGGCUGCACUUAUUUGAUCAGCAUGUACUACCGCCGAUAUGAGCUGCAGUGGCGGUACAACAUCUUCUUCACCGGAGCGAUUCUGGCUGGGAGCUUCAGCGGGUUGAUGGCGUACGGCAUCGCGCACAUGGAUGGCGCGGCGGGCUAUGCGGGAUGGAGGUGGAUCUUCAUCAUAGAGGGUGCUCUGACAGCUGUUUUCGCGAUUCUGGGCAAGUUUUUCAUCGUGGAUUGGCCUGAGACGGCGAAAUUCUUGACGGACGAUGAGAAGAGGUUGUUGAUUGCGAGAUUGAGCGCGGACGUCGCGGACUCGAAAAUGAACACCUUGGACUUGAGAGCGAGGAAGAGGAUCUUCACGGAUUGGAAGAUGUACCUGGGUGUGCUGAUGUACUUCGGAAUCGUUAACACAGGAUAUGCCACUUCAUUCUUCACGCCGACGAUACUGACAGGAAUGGGCUACAGCCCCAUCGAAGCGCAAGUCCACAGCAUACCAAUCUUCAUCGUGGCAGCAUUCGUCUGUGUCUGCGUGGCCUGGCUCACCGACUUCUUCCGCCACCGCUACGCCUUCUGCAUGAUCGGCAUCUGUGUCUCGACCUGCGGCUUCGUCAUGCUGCUCAACCAAUCCCGUAUCCCCGUCGGCGCGCAAUACGCCGCAAUCUUCCUCAUCGUCUGCGGCGGCUACACCUGCCAGCCUAUCACCAUCACCUGGAUUAACAACAACAUGGGCGGGCAUUACAAGCGAGCCGUGAGUUCGGCGAUGAUGAUUGGUUUUGGGAAUGCGGGCGGCAUCGUGGCGAGUAAUAUAUUCCUUACUCAGGAGGCGCCUGGCUACAAGACAGGAUACGGCACCAGUCUCGGGUUGCUCUGGCUGUGUGGAAUCUGUUGUACGGUGUAUUUGUUUGGGGUGAUGAGGGAGAAUAGGAAGAGGGAGAGGGGCGAGAGGGAGUAUAGGCUGGAGGAGCCGGACGCCGGGAACCAGGGUGACGACGAUCACAGGUUCAGAUAUACCUACUAA